AUGGCGGCGCCCGGCGGCCGCAGCUGCAGCCUCGCGGGGCUGCUCCCGGCCCAGACCUCGCUGGAGUAGGUGCUGCUGGACGCCGCCACCCGGCAGGAGAAGGACAGCCUGGUCUACCAGUAUCUGCAGAAAGUGGACGGCUGGGAGCAGGACUUGUCGGUGCCCGAGUUUCCGGAAGGAUUAGAAUGGCUGAACACAGAAGGACCUAUUUCUGUCUACAAAGAUCUAUGUGGAAAAGUGGUCGUCCUUGAUUUCUUCACCUACUGCUGCAUAAACUGUAUUCACCUGUUGCCUGAUCUCCACCAAUUAGAACAUAAAUAUUCUGAUAAAGAUGGUCUGCUGGUGAUUGGUGUUCACUCGGCUAAGUUUCCAAAUGAGAAAGUCCUGGAGAGCAUUAAGAGUGCUGUUCUUCGGUACGAUAUCACGCACCCGGUGGUGAAUGACGCAGAUGCCAGCCUUUGGCAAGAACUGGAAGUUUCCUGCUGGCCAACUCUGGUCAUCCUGGGACCCCGUGGAAAUAUGUUGUUUUCUUUGAUGGGAGAGGGACACAAAGAGAAUUUAUUUUUGUACACUUCAAUAGCACUACAGUAUUACAAAGAUCGGGGGCAGAUUAAAGACACAAGAAUUGGCUUAAAACUCUACAAAGAUUCUUUGUCACCUUCACCAUUGCUGUUUCCUGGCAAAGUAAUAGUAGACCAUGCUACUGAAAGAUUAGUCAUAGCAGACUCUGGACAUCAUAGAAUUUUGGUUGUCUCGAAGAAUGGACAGAUUCAACACAGCAUUGGAGGACCUAACCCUGGAAGGAAAGAUGGAACAUUCUCAGAGUCAACUUUUAAUUCGCCACAGGGUAUAGCCAUAAUGAAUACUACGAUCUAUGUGGCAGAUACUGAAAAUCACCUCAUAAGAAAGAUUGACCUCGAAGCUGAAGCCGUGAGCACUGUGGCUGGUGUUGGAGUCCAAGGAACUGAUAAAGAAGGUGGAGCCAAAGGCCAGCAGCAGCCCAUUAGCUCCCCGUGGGACUUAGUUUUAGGAACAUCAACUUCAGAGGUUCAGAGAAAUGAUAUUCUAUGGAUCGCCAUGGCAGGGAUUCAUCAGAUAUGGGCCCUCCUUUUGGACAGUGGCAAACUACCCAAGAAAAAUGAGUUAAAAAAAGGGACAUGCCUUCGCUUUGCUGGAAGCGGGAAUGAAGAGAAUCGGAACAAUGCAUAUCCUCACAAGGCAGGUUUUGCCCAGCCGUCAGGCCUCUCCCUGGCCUCCGAGGAGCCCUGGAACUGCCUGUUUGUAGCAGAUAGCGAGAGCAGUACUGUGAGAACCGUCUCGCUGAAGGAUGGAGCAGUGAAGCACCUCGUCGGAGGCGAAAGAGACCCCAUGAAUUUAUUUGCUUUUGGUGAUAUCGAUGGAGUAGGAAUCGACGCAAAGCUUCAGCACCCACUGGGAGUUACUUGGGACAAGAAGAGGAGUUUACUCUACGUGGCAGACUCCUAUAAUCACAAGAUUAAAGUUGUGGAUCCAAAAACCAAAAUGUGUUCAACAUUAGCAGGAACAGGAGAUGCAAGUAACAUAAUUGGUUCCAGUUUUACAGAAUCAACUUUUAAUGAACCAGGAGGCUUGUGUAUUGGAGAAAAUGGUCAGUUAUUAUAUGUAGCAGACACAAAUAAUCAUCAAAUUAAAGUGAUGGAUUUAGAAACAAAAACAAUUUCUGUGCUCCCUAUUGUCACUUCGGAAAAUGCUGUGGUAGAUGGUCCAGUCCAGCCUGACAAAUGGAAGACAUUACCCAAACUGCCUAAAUCUGCUCCACACAUCAGUCUUUCCCCAGUGACUGCUUCUCCAGGCCAGACUCUUCAGUUCCAGCUAGGAUUAGGCCUCCCGUCAGGAACUAAGCUAACUGAAGGAGUAUCCAGCUGCUGGUUUCUAACAGCCGAAGGUAAUGAAUGGCUUUUUCAAGGACAGACACCAUCUGGAGAAAUAGAAAGCAUUGCCAGUCAGCCAACCAUCUCCCUGCAGAUUCCUGGUGAUUGUUUAUCAGUUGAAGUCACUGUAUCUAUCCGCGUGUUUCUGUAUUACUGUAGUGCAGACAGCGGUGCCUGUAUGAUGAAGGGGAUUCUGUUCACUCAGCCUUUACGAAUAACUGAUGCACAGCAAGGCUGCCCAGCUCCAGUGCAGCUCCGUCAUGUGUUGUAGUAAGCCCCUACC